AUGCUAUCCACCAAAUCACUCAAGUCAGACCCUCUUGGAAUCGUGGAUACUCGACUAAUGAUGGCGGAAUCACCUGAGGAUAGAUUAUUCUCGCCUUUCUUUUCGCCAUUCACCGCGUUUGAUGGAACUGUCGACAAGCAGCCAGGCCGCCAGAUCGAAGCAGAUGCAAGCUCAAAGCGAGCGCACCGAAUUCUCGAACUUCGCGAGUCUUUCCGUGGUUUUGAUUCUAACCGAAAAUGUCCUCGGCUUGAGUUGGAUGUCGCUGUGGAUAAAUACCACACCCUUGAUGGCCUUGCUGAACCGUUAAAUCCCCAAAACACCCCUGCGUCAAACAGCGAGCGAGAAAGCACCGAGGGUUCCACGAUGUCCCUUGGUUGCUACAAAAUCGAGAAUAUGCGGACGAGUCCUUCAUCCCAGCCCGAGGAGUUUAAUUUUGAUUGCUUUCAGGAUUCGCCAGAUGCAAGCUUUGUUUGCCAAGAUGAUGGGACCGAAUCGCUGAAACCUCCAACGCUGCGGCGCCUGUCGCUUGGUGAUCGGCAUUGGAUCAAGUCUCCAACAGAAAAAGCAACACCAGAAAUGGAAGGUCGUUCGUCGUGCAAAUCCUCGAAGAGGUCCCCGUGCAACGGCUCCAAGAUGGCGCAACAUUUGGCAGCGCAUAUCCCAAAGGAUCACAAUGUGUGUGUUUCUUCCCUUUCCAGCUUGCCAUAUCGUGCAUCACAUCAGAAUUCGUUCGCCCCUCGUGUUCGUUCCGGCGGUGAUGCUCUGGAAAUGAGAGGGGGCCAUGCGAUGGGCGCUACUGUUACAGAUGACUCAACUACUGCGGAACAUCCCAAGUAUAAAAUCCCUGAUUUCCUUGCUGUUUCAUUUUCGCUCUACAGAAUUCAAAGUGCGCCUGGUUCAUCACCUGAGAAGGUACCGAAGUACGCUUUCAAAUUUCGGAUCACUCAAACCUACCUCCCUCGACAUCCCUCUCCACAUUUCCCCACUACUCUCGAACACAUCGCCUGCCGUCCAGUCAUUGACAACUUGAUGUUCCACGCCUGUUUCAUCAUUCCUGCGUUGGUUGUCAUGAUACCGGCCACGGUCAUAUUCAUUACAACAGCACUGUUGACCGAGACCCGUGUCGGCGCUGUAAUGGUCCAGCUUGGCAGGGCUUUGCUGUGUCUAAUGACGAAUGUGCUCAUUCUUAUACUGGCCAAGUGUGGUGUUUCUUGCAGCUGUCAGUGGAAUCCGGACACCUGUCAUUCUGUUGAGUAA